AUUGCCAUUCACACCUUGGCAUGACGUUGCCAGACUGCUCAAGUUGCCAAUGGCAACCGUUAAAAACGACAAACAUUCUUUCCGGCUUUUCUUUUCACUUUUCUCAUGCGAUGCGCUUGCCGCAGAUAUUUCACAGCCUGCACAAGCGUCUUCAAAAAAUGUUUGAAAAGAAUAACGAGGGAGGUGAGAGUGGCACACCCAGCAUCCAGGACAUAGCCGGUCGACUGGCGGAGGAACAGCAACGACUCCGGCAACUGGAGGCCACCACGAUGCCCAAGGAGCGAACAAUUCUAGUCCUGGGGAGCAAGUGUGUGGGUAAAACUUCAGCUAUCAACAAAUUCUUUGAACGCGAAGAGCACACAACCCGUCCCACUCUGGCCCUGGAGUAUAGCUUUGGUCGGAGAAUCGGGAGUGGAAAGUCACCUCAGGUCAUGAAUGUGUGGGAGUUGGGCUCCCUUGACAAUGCGGAGCAGCUACUGGAGGUGCCCAUGAGGACCCACGGAUUGCAGCAGCUGGCCGUCUUCAUAAUACUGGAUCUCUCACAGCCACAGCGUUUCUGGACUGAUUUUGAGUGUGCCUACAAGGGAUUGCGGGAUACGGCUCAGAAAAUGAUGGAAAAGUUGACCCCUGACCUAAGGGAAAUGCUAGAACAGCGAGCCCUGGAGCGAGUGGGUCACCAAAACAAGGAGGAUCUGGGUAACCAGGACCCUCUACCCUUUCCCGUUGUAAUUGUGGGCGGAAAGUAUGAUAUCUUUGCUGGCUUGGAUCCCGCUGUUAAAAAGCACACCUGUCGGUGCCUUCGAUCCGUGACUCAUUUGAUCGGUGGAGCGUUGCUUUUCUACUCUCAAAGGAUACCCAAGUUGGCCAAGGUCCUAAGGGACACCAUCAGCCAUUUGGGAUUCGGAAGUCCCGCCCAUCCGUUUCGCUCCCAUGUCACGGACUUUAAUGAACCUCUUUGCAUUUGGUUUGGAAAGGACAGUUGGUCAUUAAUUGGGGAUACUGAAGCCCAAAGUGUGGAGCGAAUUGGGGCCACUUUUGGGGCGGAUGUGCCCCAGUUGCAGUUGGAAAAGCAGAAGCUGCAAGAGACACCAGAUCCGGCUAAGGAUCCGGGAUUCAAGGAGUCCCUAAUCGACGAGAUGAGAGCGCAAAAGAACGAAGAACUCGCUAGCAUCAUGAGGGAUGUCCUUCUCCGGGGAAAGUUUGAGAGUGUCCCGAACUAAUGUGACUCCGGAACAGAGCAUCAAGAGUAUUAUGAACUAAAAAUAAAGCUAAGCAUUUAGUGUCCUUGUAAUGUAUGUAA